UCGUCGGCUGCAGAGGCGGAGGAGAAAAGGACGGGGACCAGGCAGGUAGAGCUAGCCUUGGUGAUUGGAACUAUCCGAGAGUCAAGUAGAGACCUACGACUACCUACCUCUCUGGAUCUUUCGCCGCGGCCCUUAGGCUCGACGCCCCCUCCUCCUGCUGGCCACGCAGAGCGGGUCAGGGGUGGCGUAGCGCCCCUCUGCUGGCUGGCGGUUGGAGGCCGCGGCGACUGCGCGUUGUGUGGCUUCCUGCUGUAGGACCCGAGCUGUGUCUGCAUUUGCGGGAACGGCGUUUUGGAUCUGGCUGCUGGUUGUGUCUGCUGGUUACCACACCGGGAGACCUGCCCCUUGAUUAACGUGCAGGACAAUGCUGAAAGGAGUAACAAGGCUUAUCUCCAGAGUUCACAAGGUGGACCCUCGAUGUUUUUUGCACAUGGGAACCCAGACACCCCAAAGCAUUGCUGCUCAUCCGGAUACCCAGGUUCCAGUUGAGAGGCCCAAGACUAUUUCCCGUACCAAUGAAAGUGACCCGGCCCAGCACGGGGAGCAGCACGAGGGCCAGCACUACACCAUCCCCCUCCAGGAGCUGAAGACUGUGUUUCCGCAUGGCCUGCCUCCUCGCUUUGUAAUGCAGGUGAAGACAUUUGGCGAAGCUUGCCUGAUGGUAAGGAAACCAGCCCUAGAGCUUCUGCAUCACCUGAAAAACACUAAUUUUGCUCACCCAGCUGUCCGGUAUGUUCUCUAUGGAGAAAGAGGAACAGGAAAAACCCUCAGUCUUUGCCAUGUUACUCAUUUCUGUGCAAAACACGGCUGGCUAAUCUUGCACAUUCCAGAUGCUCAUCUUUGGGUGAAAAAUUGUCGGGAACUUCUACAGUCUACAUACAACAAACAACGCUUUGAUCAACCUCUAGAGGCUUCCACCUGGCUGAAGAAUUUCAAAACUACAAAUGAAUGCUUCCUAAGCCAGAUAAAAGUUCAAGAGAAGUAUGUCUGGAAUAAGAGAGAAAGCACUGAGAAAGGCAGUCCUCUGGGAGAAGUGGUGGAACAGGGCAUCACCCGUGUAAAGAACGCCACAGACGCAGUCGGGAUUGUCCUGAAGGAGCUCAAAAGGCAAAGCUCUUCAGGGCUUUUUCACCUCCUAGUGGCUGUGGAUGGUGUCAAUGCUCUCUGGGGGAGGACCACACUGAAGCGAGGAGAUAAAAGCCCGAUUGCGCCAGAGGAGCUGGCACUUAUUUACAAUUUGAGGAAGAUGCUGAGGAAUGAUUGGUGUGGAGGUGCCACUGUGUUAACUUUGAGCCAGACGGGAUCUCUCUUUAAGCCCUCAAAAGCCUAUCUGCCCCAUGAGCUACUGGGCAAGGAAGGAUUUGAUGCCCUGGAUCCCUUUCUUCCCAUCCUGGUUUCUAACUACAACCUAAAGGAGUUUGAAAGUUGCAUUCAAUAUUAUUUAGAGAACAGUUGGCUUCAACAUGAGAAAGCACCUACAGAAGAAGGGAAGAAGGAGCUGCUCUUCCUAAGCAGUGCCAACCCCACGCAGCUGGAGCGGCUCUGUGCCUGCCUCUAAGCCACAGGAACACAGUGCAUACAAGACGGUAGACACUGGCUUUAUGACGGACCCAGUUCCAGGUGGAAGUGGCACACUGCUGGGGUAGAGCAGCCGCGCCCCUGGGCUCAGGGGCUGAGACGGGCUUGCCCUGGCUUCUGUGCGACAGGACUGUGUGCCAGCACAAUGUCCCCUUGUUCCUAAAACUACUUCAUGUUUCUGGAUAUGAGUUUUAUGUUUAAGAUAAUCGUGGAUCUUUUCCUAAAAAUAAUAAAGUACCUUUCUUAAAGCAUUGUAUAGAUUUAUAAGGAGAGAGUUCA